AUGAUAGUAACUCAUAAUCAAAUUAAAAUAACUCAAAAUUAAAUUAACCCAAAUCAAUAAAAUGAGUUUGAGAGGAAAGAGAAUGAUAUUUGCAAAACGAGAAAAGAUGAAGUAAAAUUAGAGAAUUUCAGAAGUUUUUAGUCAGAUAUUCUUUAGUUGGAAGCCUUGUAUAAUUGGCUUUCGAAUUUGGAUUUCAGCUACUAUAUUGCUUCUUUGAUCUUUUAUAGAAGUGAUCUGCAGGAACUAUUUCUUCAAUAUGUGUAAUUCUUUAAGAAGGAUGAGUAUUAUACAAAAUUAAUGGAUAUGUAAAGUUAAUAUUUUCAAUAACAACUCAAUCAUUAAUGCUUUUCCUAACUUAUAUUCCAUAAUGUUCCAAGGCGACAAUAUUUUAGCGAGGACAUUUUUGUAGAUUAUCUGGAUAAAAUUAUUGUUGGUAUGAAAUUAGAUUAUAAAAUUCUUUUGGAAGAUUUUAUCACGUACUUUGAAUUGUUUAACCUUUAAAAGAAUAAAAUAGCAGCAUCUUUAAGCGAUUUAUAUGCAUUUAGAAAAAAUGACAUAGCAUUCGGAAAUAUACGAUUUGUAUCCUAAUAAAAGGAUGGAUUGCUAAUUGAUUUUAAACAACCAAUAGGAAAAUUUUAAGAUAUAUAAUUUAUAGAACAUUUGGUUUUAAGAUGA